ACGAAAAAAUGCCCUUGUUUAUGCCUGACGAAGAGCUGGCGCGGCUAUCUAGCGACGCCGCGUCGGUGGUUGCAGAAAGAGCCGACGAGUACAUACGGAAGAUAUACGCCGAGUUGGAUAGUGUUCGUGCCAAGGCUGACGCUGCUUCCAUCACGGCGGAGCAGACGUGUUCGCUUCUCGAGCAGAAGUACCUCUCGCUAUCUCAGGAUUUCUCUUCCCUUGAAUCUCAGAACGCGAAGCUUCAGUCUGAUUUCGAUGAUCGUUUAGCUGAGCUUGCACAGUCUCAAGCGGAGAAGCAUCAGCUUCAUUUGCAAUCGAUUGAGAAGGAUGGAGAGGUAGAGAGGAUGUCGACGGAGAUGUCAGAGCUUCAUAAGUCUAAGAGGCAACUGAUGGAGUUAUUGGAGCAGAAAGAUGCCGAGAUUAGCGAGAAGAAUUCCACUAUCAAGAGCUACUUAGAUAAAAUCGUCAAGCUGACGGAUGCUAGUUCGGAGAAGGAAGCCCGACUAGCUGAAGCCACCGCAGAAUUGGCACGUUCUCAAGCUAUGUGUAGUCGGUUAUCUCAGGAGAAAGAACUCACGGAAAGGCAUGCCAAAUGGCUAGAUGAGGAGUUGACAGCCAAAGUCGACAGUUACGCUGAACUCCGUAGAAGGCAUUCUGAUCUUGAAUCUGAAAUGUCAGCAAAGCUUGUAGAUGUUGAAAAAAACUAUAUUGAGUGCUCUAGUUCGUUAAAUUGGCAUAAGGAAAGAUUGAGAGAGCUCGAAACACAAAUUGGUUCAUUACAAGAGGACCUCAGCUCUUGCAAAGAUGCAGCAACGACCACUGAAGAGCAAUACACUGCUGAACUUUUCACUGCGAACAAGCUUGUUGAGCUUUACAAGGAAAGUUCGGAGGAAUGGUCUAGAAAGGCUGGCGAACUUGAGGGUGUUAUUAAGGCCUUAGAGGCACGCUUGAGCCAAGUCGAGAGUAGUUACAAGGAGAGACUUGAUAAAGAAGUGUCUACAAAACAGCUGUUAGAGAAGGAGAACGAAGACCUUAAACAAAAACUUGAGAAGUGUGAAGCAGAAAUUGAGAAAACUAGGAAAACAGAUGAGCUAAAUCUGAUACCUUUCAGCAAUUUCACAAGACGGGUUGACGAUUCUGGGACCAGCAACAUGAUAGAGGAAAGCCAAGCAGUAAUUUCUAAGGUUCCUGCUGGUGUGUCAGGAACUGCACUAGCAGCUUCACUCUUACGUGAUGGAUGGAGUCUGGCCAAAAUUUAUGAGAAGUAUCAUGAGGCUGUUGAUGCCUUGAGGCAUGAGCAAUUAGGUAGAAAGGAAGCUGAGAUGAUACUUCAACGGGUGUUAUCCGAAUUAGAAGAGAAAGCCGGGUUUAUCCAAGAAGAAAGAGGGGAGUAUGAGAGGAUGGUUGAAGCUUAUUGUUUAGUUAAUCAAAAACUCCAGGAUUCUGUCUCUGAACAAUCAAAUAUGGAGAAGUUCGUUAUGGAGCUAAAGGCUGACUUGAGGAGACGAGAACGGGAAAACACACUAUUGCAGAAAGAUAUAUCUGACCUACAGAAACAGGUUACGAUACUAUUGAAGGAGUGUCGUGACGUCCAACUUCGAUGUGGAGCUGCCAGGGAUGAUGAUGAGGAAGAUUAUCCUCUGCUAUCUGAUGUUGAGAUGGAUAUGGAAUCUGAAGCUGAUAAAAUCAUUUCAGAGCAUCUUUUAAAGUUCAAAGAUAUAAAUGGACUAGUUGAGCAGAAUGUUAAGCUGAGAAAUCUUGUUCGUAGUCUUUCAGAGCAGAUUGAAAGUAGGGAAACGGAGCUGAAGGAAACGUUUGAGAUAGAACUGAAGAAUAAGACUGAUGAAGCUUCUGCCAAGGUAGCAACCGUGCUAAAAAGAGCUGAAGAGCAGGGACAAAUGAUUGAAUCACUGCACACAUCUGUUGCAAUGUAUAAGCGAUUAUAUGAAGAGGAACAGAAACUUCAUUCAUCUGAUUCUCGUUCUUCAGAUUUGUCUCCAGCUGUAGUGCCAGGAAGGAAGAACUUCUUACAUCUGCUUGAGGAUUCAGAGGAAGCUACUAAAAGAGCUCAAGAAAAAGCUUUUGAACGCAUCCGGAGUCUCGAAGAAGAUUUUGCGAAGGCUAGGAGUGAAAUAAUUGCAAUAAGGUCUGAACGGGAUAAGUUGGCGAUGGAGGCAAAUUUUGCUAGGGAAAAACUAGAGGGUAUCAUGAAAGAAUCUGAACGCAAGAGAGAAGAAAUGAACGGCGUUUUGGCAAGAAACAUAGAGUUCUCACAGCUAAUCAUUGACCACCAGAGGAAAUUGCGUGAAAGUUCCGAGUCUCUGCACGCAGCGGAAGAGAUCUCCAGAAAAUUAUCUAUGGAGGUUUCGGUUCUAAAACAAGAAAAAGAGGUGUUAUCAAAUGCUGAGAAAAGAGCGUCUGAUGAAGUCUCUGCUCUAUCUCAAAGAGUUUACCGGCUUCAGGCUACCUUGGAUACUGUACAAAGUACAGAGGAAGUUCGUGAGGAAGCAAGAGCUGCCGAGAGAAGGAAACAAGAGGAGCAUAUCAAGCAACUUGAGAAAGAAUGGGCUGAAGCUAAAAAAGAAUUGCAAGAAGAAAGGAGCAAUGCACGGACUAUUACUUCGGACCGCAAUCAAACUUUGAACAAUGCUGUAAUUCAGGUAGAAGAAAUGGGAAAAGAAUUGGCUAAUGCCUUGAAGGCUGUCUCAGUCGCAGAGUCCAGGGCUUCUGUCGCUGAGGCUAGACUUUCUGAUUUGGAGAAAAAGAUAAGAUCUUCAGAUCCUAAGGCUCUUGAUAUGGACAGUGGUGGAAUUGUCUCUCUUUCCGAUAAUGAGAUGUCCGUAGAACUGCGUACCGGGAAGGAAGAAAUUGAAAAAUUGAGGGGAGAAGUAGAAUCUAGCAAAAGCCACAUGCUCCAGUACAAGAGUAUAGCUCAGGUGAAUGAAACUGCAUUAAAGCAGAUGGAAUCUGCUCAUGAGAACUUCAGACUUGAGGCUGAAAAGAGACAAAAAUCAUUGGAAGCAGAACUUGUUUCUCUUAGGGAGAGGGUGUCAGAACUGGAAAACGAAUGUAUACAGAAGUCCGAGCAACUAGCCACUGCUGCCGAAGGAAAAGAAAAUGCUCUUGUAUCAGCAUCGGCUGAAAUUGCAAGUCUGAGAGAAGAAAGCUUAGUGAAAAAUUCCCAAAUUGAAGCAAUGAAUAUUCAAAUUUCCACUUUGAAGAAUGAUCUGGAGGCGGAACAUGAGAAAUGGCGUGUUGCUCAGAGAAAUUAUGAAAGACAGGUUAUUCUACAGUCUGAAACUAUUCAGGAGCUUACGAAAACAUCACAAGCCUUAGCAGCCCUUCAAGAGGAGGCAUCUGAACUACGUAAAUUGGCUGAUGCACGGGGAAUUGAAAAUUCUGAGCUUAAUGCCAAGUGGAGUGAAGAGAAAUUAAUGCUAGAGCAGCAAAAGAAUCUGGCUGAGAAGAAGUAUCAUGAAAUUAAUGAACAGAACAAAUUACUUCAUAGCAGACUUGAGGCUAAGCAUCUUAACUCGGCUGAGAGGGACAGCCUUUCUGGCAAAAUAUCAUCUGGAAGCACUGACCCGGAUCAACUUGAAGAUUCGGGUUUGCAAAGUGUAGUUAAUUAUCUACGCAGAACCAAGGAAAUAGCUGAAACAGAGAUCUCACUAAUGAGACAGGAGAAACUUCGGUUGCAGUCGCAACUUGAGAGUGCCUUGAAGAUGGCAGAAUCUGCUCGGGGAUCACUUAAUGCUGAGCGCGCCAGUACAAGAGCUUCUUUAUUGACCGAGGAUGGAAUCAAAUCUCUUCAGCUUCAGGUUAGUGAGAGGAACUUGCUCCGUGAAAGCAACAUGCAACUCAGGGAGGAAAACAAACACAAUUUUGAGGAGUGUCAGAGAUUGCGUGAGGUAGCUCAAAAGGCUAGGAUGGAAUCUGAAAAUUUCGAAAACCUAUUAAAGAAAAAGCAAACAGAGUUGGACUUGUGUAUGAAAGAGAUGGAAAGGCUAAGGAUGGAGACAGAUCUUCACAAAAAGAGGGUUGAUGAGUUGCGGGAGACGUACAGAAACAUUGAUGUUGCUGACUACAAUCGCCUCAAAGAUGAAGUGCGGCACCUAGAGGAGAAACUGAAAGCAAAAGAUGCUCAUGUUGAAGAUUCUAAGAAACUUCUGUCGGAGAAGCAGAAUAAGAUAUCUCUUUUGGAGAAGGAGCUAACUAACUGCAAAAAAGAUCUGAGUGAGAGGGAGAAGAGGUUAGAUGAUGCUCAGCAAGCACAGGCUACUAUGCAGUCAGAGUUCAAUAAGCAGAAACAAGAGUUAGAGAAGUACAAGAAAAUUCAAUCUACUCUGAAUAUUACCAAGAGAAAAUACGAAAAAGAGAAGGAGGAUUUGAGCAAACUAAACCAGUCACUCUCUAAACAGUUGGACGAAGCCAAAGAGGCUGGAAAGAGAACAACAACAGAUUCUGCGGUGGAGCAGGCCGUUAAGGAGAGAGAGGAAAAAGAACACAGAAUUCAGCUUAUGGAUAAGUAUGUUCAUACACUGAAGGACGAGGUGAGGAAAAAAACCGAAGAUUUGAAGAAAAAGGAUGAGGAGUUAACCAAAGAGAGAUCAGAACGCAAGUCUGUUGAGAAGGAAGUUGGAGACUCCUUGACCAAAAUUAAAAAGGAGAAAACAAAAGUGGACGAAGAGCUUGCUAAGCUCGAGAGGUAUCAGACAGCAUUGGCCCAUCUCUCUGAAGAACUGGACAAAUUGAAGCAAGCAGAUGGCAAUCUCCCUGAGGGUACUUCAGCUGUCCAGGUUCUAUCUGGAAGCAUAUUGAAUGACCAAGCCGCCGCUUACGCGUCAGCUGUAGAAUACUUUGAACGUGUGGCUCGUUCUAUUGCCAUCAAUUCUCAAGUCAGCACAAAGCCUACUGAUAUGGUGACUGAAUCUUCCUCUGGCACUCCUGCUGCUGAGCCUUCAACCAUGGCGAGAGUCCCUUCUUCAACACCUUUAAAAGCUCCGGUGGCAACUACCCAGCAGCCACCCAAAGUAGCGUCAGACAACAAAGAGAAGAGGUUGACUCUACAGAAACCAAGCACUGAGUUCCGUAGACCAAGUAGUAGGAGGAUUGUUCGUCCCCAACUUGUCAAACCUGAGGAAUCUCCCAAAGUUGAUGUUGAUAUGCCAGAAGCUGAGGGAACUGGUGAUGAAGGAAAACAGUCUGCAGCCCAUGAAACAGAGAGCCAAGUGACUACAUCUGUACGGCCUGUUCAAACACAUGUCCGUAAACGCCAGGCUGAUUCGUUGGUUUCUGAGCCACAACAAGAUAGUCUGACUCGAGGGGAAACCAGUUCUGAGAUUGCACCACCUGCGUCAAAGAAGGCAAAAGGAUCUGAGUCACAACCUGAUGCUUCCGAAGGUGAAAACCUUGCAAAAGAGCCAGCCAUAGACGAAUUGAUGGAUGCUACAACUACAGCUGAUGGUGACAAUGAAGAAACAGAAGCCGAGAAUGCAGAGGAGAAAGCAGAGGAAUCUGUAGAAGCACAACAAGAAAAUGAAGCUGAUGAACCAGUGGAAGAAAAUCCAACUGAGACAGAAACCAUCCCUACGGAAGAAGAGUCUAGGGAUCAGACCGAACAAGAGAACCAAGAGCUUAUUACAGAUAUGGAAUCUGAUAAGGAAGAAGGAGAGCUCGAUCUAGAUACACUUGAAGAUCUGGACGAGGGUUCAGAUGUAGCAAACAUGAUGAGGAGUCCAGAGAAAGAAGAAGUGCAACCUGAGACGCUAGCUACACCCACACAGUCACCUUCUAGGAUGGAGACAGCAAUGGAGGAAGCUGAAACAACCAUUGAGACACCGCUUGAAGAUGAUAAGACCGACGAUGGAGGUGAUGCAGCUGAAGAAGCCUCUGAUAUACCUAACAACGCUAAUGAUGAACAAGAAGCACCAGAAACUGAUAUCAAGCCGGAGACCUCAGCAGCUACAACCUCCCCUGCAUCUACCGCUCUAACAACUUCCUCUACUCAAGCGUCUGCUAUUACUUCAAGCGGAGCUCCAGAAACAGAAGAAACUAAAAGAGCGGCGUCACCAGGUGGUGGAAGUUCAACUAUUGUGACACUAGCUGAUAGAGCAAUAGCGAAAAGACGAGAAAGAAUAGCCAAUAUAACAGCAACUGGUCGAGCUCCUAAUCCAGCCACCAGAGGAACUCGUGGUCGAACUGUAAACCUCCGAGGAGGUGGUCGAUUGCUGACUCGUGGUGGUCGAGCCCCACGUGGUGGACGUGGACAAUCCCCGAGCCCACCGUGAUUUUGGUGGGUAUGGUUGAACAAUUAGACUUAGCCAAGCAGGCUCCUUGAAGAGAGAGUUUAAAACGGUAGAGAAACUCAUUUCAUGUCUAAACCUCUUUUUUCUUUUUGUAUCCCGGUUUUCUUAUUUCACUAUAAAAUCAAACCCUAUCA